GUACGAAAAAUAUCAUAAAAAUGCAUAAACCAAGCGGACGGCUAUGGCAAAACGAAACACAUAAAUUUCAGUUAAGAUAAAAACUAGCAGAGGAACCAUUUAUCCCUUACUUCUUCCUGAAAGAAAUAAUCCCCAAAAUAACGUUACGUUAAAUUAUAAAAACGACUGAUUAAACCGGAGUGUCCGCAAAAUAGAUAAAGACACAUCUUAAAGGGGAUCGGCGGCAAGUCCACGAAGGAAAUGUGCUCAAAAACUCAAUUUUGUUUUCUAAACUUACGCACAUAUUUAAUAUAUUUAUGCUGUUAUCUGUUAAUUGUGGUGGCGGCUGGCAGCCGCACCGUAAACGGUCUAAAAUGUUAUUGCAAUCCCAAAGAAUGUGACGUCAUACGUUCGUUGGACUGUCCAGGCAAGGGCAUGAUGCUUUGGGAUCCUUGCAAAUGCUGCCGUAUUUGCGCCAAAACUUUAGGCGAGACCUGUGGCGGACCGGGCGAAUUUUCCGGACAAUGUGAAUCGCCCUUGCAGUGUGUCAUAAAACUACCGAUCUCUAAUGGCCUGGGUGUAUGCAUGGAUUUAACAUUUUCCUCAAUUAAUGCGAUCUGGCCCAGCACGUAUCAACACGAACAUCAACAGCAUCAUUUAAAAAAUUGUACAAACUCGGAGACAAUAUAUAUAGAAUCGGGUUGCGAAAUAACCAACAAACGUUGCCAGUGUUGGCCGACAUUAACAGUUUGCCAGAACGAUGUGAACGCUGGCAUCGGAACUAUCGAUAUACGAUGGCAUUUUAAAACAAUUGAGGACUGCCAAUUGAAUUUACAAAAUCUAAUCAAACUUGAAAUGGAAUUCGAUGAAGAUUAUACAGUCUCGCCGACCACCACAUUCACUUACAAAAAGUUACGCAGGAAGCGAAGAUCCUCGAAGAAGAGAAGAUUCUAUGUUUUUCAUUAAUAACUAGUUUUCACGCCAAAAGGAUGUACACUAUCUCCAAUAAAAGGAAAUAACUUAACUUAAACAACAUCUAAAAGUAAAAGUAACGACCACCCUCAGCAUAGUAGGAAAAGUAGAAGAGAAAACGUUAAAAAGAAAUAUUAUAAAAAUAUUUAUAAAACAAAAAAAGUUGUAAAAAGAGAAUAAAAAUUAUAUGACAAAGAAAAAGAAAAACACAAAAAUCAACCUGUAAAUGCUUGCAUUAUAUAAAUACUUACAUAUGUUUAUACCUAUAUACAUUGAGAAAUAUACUGGAAAAUAUUUGCUUUUUCGUUUUGUUUAAUUAUGAGAAAGCUUUUCCGUAGAAUUCUUACAAACAAAAAAACCAUUAAAAAUCUAAAAAAAAAAAAAAAAAUUUAUUUAUAUGUGUACGUACUUGUUAU